UAUUAAGACGAUAGAAAAGAAAUGUCAGCAUCAAAGAAUAACGCAUGACUAGACAGGAUUAGCGAGUUCCGUAAAGAGUGACAGAUUUAGGCUUUAGGAAUGAGCUCAACACGCUAGUUACUCGUACAAUACUAAACAAACAAGCCAUCACGCAUAUAUUAUACUACGGGAAGGCGAAUGACUUAAUUCACUGCCAAGUCUAACAGGAGACAGUCAAGGUAAGCCAGAAGUCAGGGAAAGGUAGAAAGCGCUCUUAAUUUUUCAACAGGAACAGGUACAAACUUUUAAUGAUUUUUGCACUUUUUCAUUACCACACUUCCGCACUCUUCCUCGACUUCUUCUCACUUUUUCACCAUUUUUUUAUAUUACUUUUCCAAAACAACUUUAACUUUUCUAAAACAAUUUCAACUUAUUAUCAAUGGAAGAUAACAAUAAUAAUAAUAAUAAUUAACAUCACUGCUGUAAUCCAAAUUGAUUACAAAUUUUGACUCAAGGAAAUAUCCCAUAAAUUGAUUUCUUCUGGAAGUAAACUAUAAUAACUGCCUGAUUACACGUUAUCAACCGUAUAUUCAUGUAGUAGGUUCACUUUAAACAUUAUCAGGCGUGAGAUAUCCGCUAUAGUUUGCAAAGAUAAAAAAACCCGCAGUUGUCGCAUUGGUCUUUCUCCAGCAACCGCUCUUCUAAAGUUUAUUUAAUUUUCAGGAAAAAAACAAUCAGCCAUCUUUAAAUAAAGUUUAGUCCUGUUUAAGAAAAAAAAACUUCGCUGUUGAUUUAACAAGCGCUAUCAAUUUCUUCAGAUUUGAUGGGAACUACCUCAUCAAUAGAUUAUAACUCUGAAAGAGGCUUCUAAGAAGACUAUGUUAAAAAUCGGAACUACGAAGUUAAUAAUAUACUAAAAACAACCAAAAUGUUACUACCGCAGUUAUUUGCACCACAACGGAACGAAUUUGCCCGUCAUUUCCCGUUAUCUAUAAUGACCGAAAUCUCCGUUUGUUCAGCCAGUGAACUGAUAAUGAUAAUAUCCUAUAACGCGGAAGUCCACAAGAGCAAAAAAUCAAAGACGACAUCAACCUUAUUUAAAAAGGUAACUUUGUGGACGUUUGAUUAAGAUUUUCCUUUCGUCGAUCAAACCGUUCGUAAGAAAAAAGCUGUCAUCUUGAAAAACGAACAAAUGAUAUAAAAAGGCGUUUUAGCUAGAAUUUGCGAAAAAAUCCGUGUCGGACUUUAUCCGAAGCUUCAAUGUUACUAUUACGUAAAACACGAUAAAGGGAAAUUCGGACUUCACUCUCAAAGAAUAAAGACAAUUAGUAAAGUUUACUGAUGGGCCUUAAAAACAAUCCAACAAAAAAGCUAAUUUUGUUCGACACAACGUACUAGCACAAACAUAGCGUGACAAAAAUAUAGGAUUACCAAGAAAUACAGGUCCAAAAAUACUGUAAAGCGAUUUAGUUAAACACAAGGAAGCCUAAGCAGGAUAAAGUGUGUUGUUGUUGGCUGGGAACGGAAAAAGCUUUGUAUUGUGGUAAAUGACGAAGUCAGCUUUCAUAUUUGGCGUACUAGAGAGAUUAUUCACCAACAUGACUUAUACCAUGAAGGAGUGAAUCCGGUAUACAUGCAUGAACCGCGACAUUAGGUCAGUGAAGCUCCAACCUUUGCCUGAGCAUUGUUUUCCGGGUACCAUCCAUUUCCGAUAAGAAUCCACUGCAAAAAUGUUUACAGUAACACUCUCUAAGGUGGACACCUUAAGGACCAGCACUAGGUGUCCUUCUGAGAGAAAUGUCCCCCUAUAGAGAGUCAAAUAAAGGGGGUAAAGAAGGGCAGAGACCAUUUCUAGGUGUCCGUUAAGAGAGUGUCGACUGUAUUUCUCUUUAGCUGGAUCUGGUCUUUUUACCUUUUCCACCACUGUUAAAAGCUUCGGUAAUGGUUGUGGCUUGUGGUUACUUUUGGACUAGAACUCUAGAAUUCAAACUGUUAAACGUCAAGAUUUAAAGUAGUGUUAAGGUAUAAGACUGAUUGUUGGAAGAUAUGCACAGUGAUUGCUUAUUUUACCAAGCAGAAUAGAUUUCGGACCAGUAUUCGGGUUUUCAAAGUUGAACACAAAUCAAGUAAGCCGGUGACUGGAAUAGUGUGAAGAUGAGAAAAAAAAGACAAUUCUCAAAACUCUUAGCCUAAAUAACGCCCAGGACGGGAAUAUUGUCGUGGAAAACCGUACUUUGCUUAAUGCCGGUUUUUGGAAUCAUACAUGUCCUCACAAUCACGAUUUUUAAAAAGAUUGAACUAUUUCUUUGAAGAAAAUAAAAUGUAAAUUGCUGUCGAGAAUUUGUAGGUUUUAGCUGAUUUUAUAAGGGCUUCUUGAGCGUUUACAAAUAAAAGGAUAUCGUAAGACCGAAAGUGAAUAACAAAACAAACUGAAAGGAAAUUCAAAAAAGAUAAUUGUCUACAGCCAUGCACCUAGUUUACGAUCAAGACAAUAUUUUCCUUAUUACAUCUAAAUCAAAGUCUAAUCAUCUCACUGACUUACGCAGCCCGUUUGCAAAACUAAAGAAGACGGAAGUUGUAUAUUUCCUUACUUAACGAUUUACAGCAGAACCGCAUUCUCUAUUUUCCUGGCUAGUUUCUUAUUUUACAAGAUUAUGAUCUUAAAAAUCUAGCGCUUAUUUUCAGUUACAUUAACGUGUUGGUCAGAAAAUGAAUUACAUAUUUUGUCUCUUGUCCAGCUGGUUAAGUUUCAUGCAGUUUGUCACGUAACAUUUAUGUAAAAAUGGUUUUGAAAACACACUAUGAUCUCGGAUGAUCACAGUUUCUUAUUCAAUUAAUUACUCUUUUCCCGGUUGUACGCAUUACCAAAGCCCCUUCCUAGGAGGUCUGCUUGGCUGCAAUUAGGUCAACAUCAAUCAGUGUCUUCGGCGAAUAUCUUGAGUAAACUAUCGGCAUUACACAUAGAUAAAGGUGUGUACUUUAUGAUAAACCUGGUUUAGGGUACAUAGUACAGAGGCUGGCUUUCUAAAGCGCGAUUUGUUUAACCCCAUGGCUAGGUUUUCUAUUCGGAAAUGAGCAGCUUCAAGAAAGCAAAUUAAAAAAAGCCUUCUCGGCAUCCUUACGCUUUAUUACGAAGCUCAUAUGGAUUACGUGUUAAUUUCCUUCUGUGCCCUUUAUCAAGUCGAAACAGAAUUAUGGAUGUGACAACGGAGAGAAACACUUAAACUUCUGAAUGAAAUUUGGGUGGUUUCACAUCAAAAUGCAAAGGUUUUGUAACUGGAAAACAAAGGUAUUUAAAAGGGCAUCGGUCAGUGAAAAGAACCUGGAGGCAACGUAAAUAGAACUUUCAAUGUACCUUCUUCUCUUUCUCAGUUUGCUUGCUUAUGAGCUCAUUAUAGGAUUCACUCUUCCUUAUUGACGAUUGGUCACUUUAGCUGAAAAACGAAAGAAAGGCGAAGCAAAUCUACUUACAAUCUUUUCAACUAAUUCAUUCAAUCCGUCGCAACCCUUUUUGGUACAGAGAAGGUGUGGUGACCCCAGCUUCCAUGCUUUUCAAUUCGAGAAACAAAAAAUACGUAUGCAUAAGAACUAAAUAUUCUUAAGGGUGUAGAGUAAUUUAUAUAGCUGUAAAACCUAGGAAACGCUUUCUGUUUCUUAAAAAUAUGGUUAUUGUUUAUAGCUGUAGUUGUCUACCGCGACUGAUUUAAGUUAAAAUUGUACUAGUUCGCAAUGGUUUCUCGUAAGGCCAAAAAACGACCACGCGCUAUGCAUAGAACACAGAAUAGUAGACUAUACAAUAUUUUCAACUUUUUGAUGGGCUGAUCGCCUAGAAAAGUGAGCGAUAAAUAAUUGAAAUUAAUUUACUGCUAUAUUUUUCGUAGAAUAUUGAACAGAAAGCAAGAGGAUAUUAAGAGGAGGGAAUAAACACAGGUUCUCUACUUAAAGCUUGAGGCGGGAUAAACAGCUGAUAACGAGCAUAUCAAAGACGUCCGCAAAUACAGACAAUAGCGUGCAAGAUGGAAUCAGAUUUGAGCUCUUCGUCAUUUUCUAUAGAUAACAUCCUUAAACCUGAUAAAUGCGAUUCAACAGAGGAGCCUCGCUCAGCGGAUCGGGCGUUAACACUGGCUGAGCGAUUAGCUGGUAUGUAUGAGCAUGUGAUAUAGGUAUAAUAGAAUACAUACUGUAUAUUAAAGUGCAAGCCAGAACUUUCUUAGAUUUUAAAACACUGAGCAAUGUCAAACACAAAAGGUCAUAUACAGUUUUAGUCACCAGAACCAACUGUACUUGUCACAGUCUUACUCGAAAUUUGCCCUAUAAUAGAGCAUCUUUUUAAGGUGGAUUUUACAUACGCUCAAGACAUUUUCUGUGCAAGAUUGUUUGUUUGUUGUUGUUUCGGUUUGCGUUUUCGAUUUUUGAAUUUCCAGUGUCGUAAAUAUUUGGCGCUCAGGCUGGAGAUUGCUUAACUUUCAAAAAACGAUUUGACUGAAAACUUGUGUAGCUGCUUAAACCACAGUGUUUCUACGUAAAAACGGUAGAUUCGUCGUCACUUAAACGCAUGAUAGGGACCUCUGUAGAAUAAGCUCCCGUAACUGAAAGAAAAUAAAGCAGUGAUUUUACUUCAUUGUAAAGCAAAAUACUUUUUUCUACGUUAUUCCGACUUCUGGUAACCACCAUUUGAAACAUAAGAGUUGCUUCUGUUUAUGUUUACUACCCUUCGGUCAAAACAGAGAAAAUAUAUCAAGAGACAAGGCAUUUUCCAAACAAAAUAAACUAAUCUCAAAGUGACACCAGGGCUCGACUAUGUGUACAUGAGUUCAAGCUACUACCCUAGAUCGAGACGAGCCCAUUGGUAAAAAGCUUCCGUUUAUAACUUCGGAAAAGAAAGCGUGAAAUAGACUGACAUAGCUGCUUUGGAAAAUGUUCUAGCUUGCUUAGGAUAGGAUAAACGCCUUAGUCCAAAUGAAAUUUAAGGAGGUAAAACUGAAAAAUAAAAAAAAAACUUUGUUUGCUCCCUACUUUAAUAAAAGGAUCAGUUUCUCUUUGACUAACCAAUGUACCUUCCUUGACUAACCUGCUCACCUUCGCCUUAAUUUAAGCAGUCUGAAUUACGAAAAUCGAAAUUCAACUUAGACAAUUGAAAAGUAGAAAAGAUGGUGAGUUUUAAGCUCUGUUAAUUCGCGAGUCCCAGACGUAGUUCAGUAGGUUAAGACAGCCCGCGCAAUGUCUGCGAACUAGGUUAGAAUCCUGACUGGCACUUUUGACGGGUUAACGCGCGACAAAACCCUAAGAGCGUUUGUGUGAGAAGCAUUACACAAUUUUCAGGUGGACUGGAAGUUUUCUAACUUUAUCAGGUGAAUAGAAUGUGUCUGAUUUUUUUUCUAGAUAUCAUACUUGAAGUGCAUUAUGGAUCAUCAAGAGGAAAACACCGACGCACGCGCACCGCGUUUACUCACCAACAGCUGCAAAUACUGGAAAACACUUUCUCCAAGACACAUUAUCCGGAUGUAGUAAUGAGAGAGCAAUUGGCUGCCUAUAUUAACAUUCCAGAAUCAAGAAUUCAGGUAACUGGAAGUAACUGUAUUGGCAAAAAGUGUUAUUACAAUCUGAAUAAUUUCAAAUUUGAGUAGAGUCAAUGCAAAAGAUAUAUCUGCUUAUGGGCGGCAGACUAGCUAAAAGAGGAUAACAUUUAAAUUCUGUGACCAAAGCUUUGACCAAUGAUCGCCUUCACCAUUAGAUAAGAAAAUAUAAAUCCUUAAGGGACUUAAAAUAGCAUUUGGGAAAACUGGGGCAACUUGACGAGUAUGCUUAUAAAUUAACAUGCAGUCCAAAAGAAGUAGAAAUCCACAUAAAAUAAAGCGUACAUGUUAUGCCUCUUCUCCAAGACAAGUAAAACAGCUAACGAACUGGCGUAAAUAAUAAAAAUCAAAAAAAUGUUAGUGCCGAAUAAACCGAUUUACACAGUACCAUGCCAUGAAACUGACGGCGCAUAAAGAUGAUUCUGUUAUUUCUAAAGACACUCACGAGUAGAGCCUGCUUCUGUCUUCUUGAUCGAGGAAGAGAAAAUGAGGCUUUGCCUGAAUCGCGUUAAAGCCAAAACUUCUGGGCGCGUCAAACCGGUUUUUCUAGUGUGAGCCAUUAUUGAUAAACCGAUGGUCAUAAAUGAGCCUGCUGUACCAAGCGCACGGCUUUUAGGACUGGGUUCCAAACUGUAUCCCAGCAGCAUGCAGCGCAUGCCCAACAAAGAUAUCACGUAGAGUCUUUCUCGCCAAAAUCGAGCAAGCGAAAAAGGGUUUCUGACAGGGUCGGUGUUCGAUUAGUGAUUAAUACUUCAUUUGAAAAUUUCAGGUGUGGUUUAAAAACCGAAGAGCUAAAUACAGGAAGCAAAUGAAAGACGGCGAGGAAUUAAAUACGGCCGAGAUGGAAAACAAAGCGAUGGACCGUCACUUUAAUAGUCAGGAAACUCCUCCUUGGAGCCCACAACAUUUUUAUGCAACCGGUGGCUUGCCAUUUGGACCAGGGAGUGCUGUUUCAGCUCCAAGCAAUUUCGGACAAUACUCCUGGUCAUCUGUGCCGUUGUAUACCUCAAGUCCUUGCGCGUGUAUACCUUCAUACUCUGAAAGUACAAAAAGGGCUUGGUCCGCAUGCACGGCGUGUUAUGAAAAUACGGACACUAAAAAACAUUUAAAUUGACUACCAGUGGCUUUAUCUCUUUAACAGUUGGUGUACGGGCGGUCGAGAUUUGGUUAACUUGAGUAAAAAAUGCUGUGUAUGUCUUUUUGUGUAUAUAGAUGUUACACACCCACUGACACUAAAUUCCAGUUAACCUUUUUCACAGUAGUUAUUUGAAAAAGGAAAAACUAACUUACUUUGUAAGCUUGGCAUUUAAAAAACUCUCACCAAAGAAAAGCUGAGUUAUAAAAUCGUACUGAGCAACAACUUAGUGAAAAUGGAUAGGGGAUUGUCAUAAUCAAUAUUGAAGAUGUAAAAUAUCUUAAAAGCCAAAAUAAACACACCUCAUUGUUUGUAAAUAUUUGGCAACUGAGAACUAAUAAGUUAAUAAACUCAAUCAGUCGCCGAUUUGACCCUCCAGGAUAGUAAAAUUUGUACACUUCUCAAGUGAGAUAAAUUGUGUGUUGUAGUCUAGAACAUGGUAUGGAAUUGUGGUUUAGGUAGAUUAUUUCACAAUUUAACCAAAUAGUUACCUAUGAGUGUGCAAACGACGUUUAGGAAACGCUAAAUCCUCCGACGUUUUUAAAAUUUCAUCUUGAAUGUUUAGUUUUUGGAUUAAGGGCAGUAAUCUGGUUUCGGAUUAAGAUAAGAAUUCUCCGAGAGCUAGACAGUUUAUCAAAUCCGCACACAAUAUAGUGCUCAAAGUAUUUCUAGAGAUUCAAGAUAAAAUUAAAAGCUAGAGUGAAAUCUGGUCAUAAUAGCUAACAUAGUGCGGGUACACAAAGCUGAACUGAAAUAAGAGAA